UCAAAUGUUCCUCAAUUAAUAUAUAGGGGAUGACUUGUACAUGUGCCGGUUAAAACGUCCCUUGUCAGUUGUGAGGUAACUAAAAUAGUUGAAACCGGAAGUGUUUUUUGCGUGUAUAUAUAUAAAGUUUAUAAACCAAACUGGUUCAGUAAAAACAAUUAAAACCCUAAUUUCUACCUCGAAAGUCUCAAGUCUUUUUCCUUUGACCUUGCGAAAUCACAAGAGAAACCAACGAUGAUGAUGUACGAUAUUCCGCAGGAUUUGAUAGAGGAGGAAAUACUCUCAAGGGUUCCAGCCGCAUCUCUGAAACGACUACGAUCCACUUGCAAACGAUGGAACCAUUUAUUCAAAGAUCAAAGAUUCACAGAGAAGCACUUUCGUAAAGCUCCAAAGCAGUCUCGGAUUCUCAUAUCAAACGACUAUAGGAUCUGUUCAGUGAAAGUCAAUCUCAACGUUGCUCCUCCACCUAUAGAAUUUAAGGAUUUCCAUCCUUGUUCCCAGCAAGUCCAUGUAGUCGAGGUUUUUCACUGCGAUGGUUUGUUGUUAUGGACCAUUAGGAACGACAACAAGUACAGACUCAUGGUUUGGAAUCCGUGUUCAGGGGAAACUAGGUGGAUCCAAACCACACUUAAUAGCGAGAGCUUCUCUACGCGUAGCCUUGCUCUAGGAUACCAAAACAACAAAUCCUUCCGUAGCUACAAAAUCUUGAGCUAUUGGUCGACUAGUUACUCCCUAGACCAAGGAGAUGACCUCAGCUCUGAUUCUUGGAGGGUUUUGGAGGAUGACUUCGUCCUCAACUGCUCUACGCUACCAAAUCGUGGUGUGUCUUUCAAGGGAAAUGCUUAUUGGCUUGUCUUGGAAAAAACAGGUUACCUUUUGCUUGGCUUUGAUUUUACGAGCGACAGUUUUAGACGUUUUUGUCUUCCUCCAGUUCCGAAUCCUAGGAAUCUGAUGCUAUCAGUUGUGAGAGAAGAAAAACUCUCAUUGUUAAAUUGGUCCCGUCAUGUAUCAUACAUGGAGGUGUGGGUGACCCAUGAAAUUGAUGAUACUCAACCUGUUUUGUGGAGCAAAUCAUUUACAGUGAAAAAUCCCAAUAAUUUUAUUCCGUGCUUUAAGAGUUUCUUAGCUGACGAGGAGAAGAAAGUGGUCUUGGUUUGUAAUUCGGCUUUCAGAGAUAGCAAGAAACUCUACACUAUUGGAGAGGACAAUGAAUAUUACACAGAAAUCACUUCUGUAGGAUCUAAGAGCAAAACAUUGUCUCCAUUUAUUUUCAGUUAUGUUCCAAGUUUGCAGCAAGGUGGGAGCAAUGAAACUAAUAAUACUAGUCGAUCAAAUUAGGGAACUUCCAGCUACUUUUUUAUUUGUUUUUGUUUGGAACAAUAUAUAAUGAAACUGAUCUAUUAUUUUUACCCUUUUUUUGGUACACCACCUGUAAGUUUGUUACAUUAUUAUUCCUUUCUUCUU